AUUAUAGAAAGCUAAAAAAGGUAAACAACAAAAUGUUUUGGCCAAAACAAAGGGUGGAAAAAAAUCGAAAAAAGUUGCAUUGAAAUUUUCAAUUGAUUGUUCGAAACCAGUCGAUGAUGGCAUUAUGAAUGCAACCGAUUUUGAAUCAUUUCUCAAGGAAAGAAUCAAAGUUAAUGGAAAGACUGGAAAUCUUGGCACAGCCGUUACGGUUGAACGUAACAAAUUUAAAAUUUUUAUUAACACAACGAUCCCGUUUUCGAAACGUUAUCUCAAAUAUUUGACGAAAAAAUAUUUGAAAAAGAACAAUCUUCGUGACUGGAUUCGUGUGGUAGCCACAUCAAAAGAGGCAUUCGAAUUACGUUAUUUCCAGAUCAACAAUGAAGAUGCUGAUGAAGAAGAAGAAAAUGAAUGAUUAUUAUUAUCGAAUCUAUGUCUUAAUAAAUGAAUUUUUUUUCAUAAA